AUGUGGCCGGCAAUGAGGCUGAUCCGGCGCCAGCUGAGCUCGGUGGCCCGCGGACUGGUGUAUGAGAAGCACGGGGAACCAUCGCAGGUGCUUCGUUUGCAGAGACUAGAGGUUGCUUCACCAACAGAUUAUGAAGUGAAAGUUAAAAUGUUGGCUGCCCCCAUAAAUCCUUCUGACCUUAACAUGAUUCAAGGAACUUAUGCUUUGCUGCCCCAGUUACCAGCUGUAGGGGGCAAUGAAGGAGUAGGUGUGGUGGCAGCGGUAGGACGUCAUGUGUCCUCAGUGAGGCCUGGAGAUUGGGUCAUUCCAGUGGAUGCUGGAUUAGGCACAUGGCGUACAGAGGGAAUUUUCCGUGAGUCAGCACUAGUACGAGUCCCAAGUGACAUAUCCAUAGAGGGAGCAGCAACUCUGAGCGUUAACCCCUGUACUGCAUACAGAUUACUGUCUGAUUAUGAGACUCUGCGACCAGGUGAUUCCGUAAUACAGAAUGCCAGCAAUAGUGGUGUUGGUCAGGCUGUUAUACAGAUUGCAGAAUCAUUGGGCAUUACUACCAUUAACAUAGUAAGGGAUAGGCAAGAUUCUUCGGAGCCUGGUGCAGAGACUUCAUGAUUUGGGAGCAGAUCAUGUCAUCACAGAGGAACAGCUGCGCAAGCCAGAGAUGAAGAUUUAUUUAAGACCUGCCCCCGCCCACGAUUAGCAUUGAACUGUGUUGGAGGCAAAAGCACAACUGAAAUGUUGCGUCAUUUAGAUUAUGGUGGGACUAUGGUUACCUAUGGAGGAAUGGCUAAACAGCCUGUUACUGUUCCUGUGAGUGCUCUAAUAUUUAAAAAUAUCAGGCUAUGUGGUUUUUGGGUAACUCAGUGGAAAAAAGACCGACAACACAUAGAUCGUGAGGAAAUCACCAAGAUGAUCCGUGACCUUUGUGAUUUGAUCCGUAGAGGAAGGCUUGUUCCUCCCCCUUGUUUCCACUGGCCCUUAGAAGAUUUUCUUCAGGCCUUACGGGAUGCCCAGACUCCAUUUCUAUCUAGAAAACAGAUCCUGACUAUGCAGUGA